CGCGCCUCUAUAUAACCCCCAACAAACAAAUUCCUUCACUUCGGAUCUCAUAAAACUUCUUCUAUUUACCCUUUUCUUCUUCAUUCUUCCUCCCACGCAUAUAACUAAAUUAUCUUCUCCUACUAAUUUUACCAGUCAUCUCUAAUGGGUGAGAAAAAAGAUGGCGAUAAGAAGCAAAAUGAGGGGCAAAGUAAGGCCGAUGGUGGUGCGACCACCGUCGUUUUCAAGUUUGAUAUGCAUUGUGAAGGUUGCGCCAAAAAAGUCAGACGAUCAAUAAAAAAUUUUGAUGGAGUGGAAAAUGUGAAGACAGAUUGUGCGAAUGGAAAAUUGACGGUUGUAGGAAACGUGGAUGCAGUAAAGAUACAGGAGAAAGUAGAGGAGAAAACUAAGAAGAAGGUAGAAUUAGUAUCCCUUCAACCAUACAAGCCCUCUAACAAAGAAGGCGGCGGUGGUGAAAAAAAGUCUGAUGAGAAGAAGUCAGAGGCUAAACCUAAAUCUGGUGAUAAUAAGAAGUCAGAGGAUAAGAAGGAAAAAGAGAAGCCUAAGAAGUCUCCGGUCGCUACCGUAGUAUUGAGGACAAGGGUGCACUGUGAAGGAUGUGCUCAGAAAAUUAAGAAGAUUGUUGGCAAGUAUGAUGGUGUGGAAGAAGUAAACGUGGACUUGCAAAAAGAUUUAAUCACAGUUAAAGGAACAAUGAACAUGAAAGACCUCUUACCAUACUUGAACGUAAAAUUAAAGAGAGUAGUAGAGAUUGCUCCUCCUAAGAAAGAUGAAGGUAAACCCAAAGAAGGCGGCGGUGACUCAAAAGAAAAACCUAAAGAAGGCGGCCAAAAGCCCAAGGAAGGCGACCAAAAGCCUAAGGAAGGCGGUGAAAAGCCUAAAGCAGGCGGUGGUGGAGCAUCUGAAAAACCGAAAGAAGAAAAGAAGGAAGAAAAGAAAGACAAGAAAGACGCCGCGGAAGGGAGUAGUAGUGCCCCAAAGGAAAAUGUGACAAUGAACAAAAUGGAGUAUAACCCUUAUAGUUAUGGGUAUGGUGCUUAUGCUUAUACUUAUGACCCUAGACAACAAGUAGAUAAUUAUGGGUAUGGUCAGCAACAACAACACCAAGUUAUUGAGUAUUGGAAUGCACCUGAAUAUUCUCUAGCCCCUCAAAUGUUUAGUGAUGAAAAUCCUAAUGCUUGCUCUCUUAUGUGAUUGGAGAUUUUGGAACUUAUUUUCUUUGGUUUAUUGCUUCUUUCUUACAACCUUAUUAAACUUGUAUAUAUAAUUAUAUAGUGAGGCAUAUUUUUAAUGAUAAUAUAUGUAAUGAUAGUAGAGUUUAUAGC